GCGCGCUAGCGCUCGCUCAGUAUAAUCCUUGUAUGUCUACUUAUUGUGUAUGUGUGUGUGUGUGUUCGCGCGCAUGAAGUUAGCGCAGAUCAAACUGACUGUGCGCACUCGACUCAGAUCCAUGAAGCAAUGCGCGUCACAAACAUGAAAGCAAAGGGCUGAUGAGCUGUCGAUACAUGGUGUUAUCCACCGACUAGCAAUUAUCAGAGAAAAAUUAGUUGCUGGAAAUAGGCCAACCUAAUCUUUAUCUUGUUAUUCCUUUUUUUUACAUUUUAAAAAACUUUGUAACUUAUAUGAGUUAUAUAAAACAAAUAAUGAAUGCAAAUAUUUGUGCAAUGGAAAGAAUAUUUACAUUCGAUGAAAGAUUAAAAGUUCCAUUCAACUCGGCUAACGCCUCGUUGAAUGGAACUUUACAUCUUUCAUCUCAUGAAAAUAUUCUUCCCAUUGCACGCAUACACAUUCAUUAUUUGUAUACUAUGAUAUGUUGUAGUAUCUAUUGUGCAGUGUAAUUAAUUGUUAAUUUCAACUGGCAUUCUCUUUUGACAAAUCAUUUUCUGUUUUAUCAAAAAUAUAAUUUCUGAGUUUCCUUUUUUCAUGGGAGCACACUACAUGUAAAUCUACACUGUACUUUAAAGAGAAAUUCCAGUAGUUACAGUAAACACUGAUUUCAUGAGAAAGUCUGUAAAACAAGGCUUAAUUGUCAGUAUAUCAUCGAGGAUCUAGAUCUGGUACAGUUACAUAAACUGAACUUCGUGAAAUCUUGAAAUCUACGCUGAAAAAUGUUCAGACUGAAGAUCCCCAACACAGAUAAGCGCACGUGGGACAGUGUAUAAUUAUUGCUUUGCAUGUCGGGCCCGACGCUCUACCCGAAUCCUGUGCUUAUUUGCUGAUUUCUCAGCAAUUACACAAUUUCUUCCAGAAUCCUUUGGCACAUACGUUUUAUUUAUACAAACAGACACCUUAUUUUUUGGUGGUCAUUUCAUUGGAUUCUGUACGAACUCAUUUUGAUAUCGUUACCAAAACUAGCAUUUACCUUUAAUACUUGUACAUGUUUAUAAUUACAGUUAUAACUGAAUUGCUAUGUUUGAGUUGAUUUUUAACCUUUAUGAUCAAUGCAGAUCAUGAAUUGUGUCUGGUUAAUUUUUCACCCUUCAAAUAGAAAAGGGGAAAGAGAAAAAAGAAUUAACAGGGAGAGUGAUCAUGAAUAUUAAUGUAUCAUAAAUUAAUAAUGAUUCACAAUCAUAUUUUAUAUACUAUUCAACAGAAAGUGCAUAUCAAUAAUUCAUUUGUUAUUUUUCAUUUCUUCUCUUUUCUUCAGACUGCUCAAAAUCGUUUAUUGAUCAAGGGAGGCAAGGUUGUGAAUAGCGAUCAAUCGUUCUACGCUGACGUUUACACCGAAGAUGGCAUUAUUCGGCAAGUUGGCAAGGACCUCAUCACACCAGGAGGUGCCAAGGUAUUGGAUGCCAAGGGCAAGCUUAUUAUACCUGGUGGUAUUGACACACACACCCACAUGCAGCUUCCAUUCAUGGGAACCUGUGCCAUAGAUGACUUCUACCAAGGCACCAAGGCUGCUCUCGCUGGCGGAACUACCAUGAUCAUUGACCACUGCCUACCAAUUAAAGGCCAGUCUCUCGUUGAGGCCUAUGACCAAUGGCGUGCCUGGGCUGACCCCAAGGUCUGCUGUGACUACUCCCUUCACGUUGGUAUCACCUGGUGGAGCGAUAGCGUCAAGAAGGAACUGAGCGUCAUUGCUGAAGAGAAAGGAAUAAACUCUUUCAAAAUGUUCAUGGCCUACAAAGAUGUCUUCAUGCUUCACGACUUUGAGCUUUACAGAGCAUUUGCUGCACUGAAAGAACUUGGUGCUCUCCCAUUGGUGCAUGCAGAGAAUGGUGACAUCAUCGCUGAGAACACAAAGAAGCUUCUGGAUCUUGGCAUCAGUGGACCUGAAGGUCACCUUCAAAGCAGACCGGAGGAUGUUGAAGCAGAAGCAGUGAACAGAGCGAUCUGCAUUGCAAACCAAGUCAAUUCACCCGUCUAUGUUGUGCACGUCAUGAGCAAAAGCGCUGCUGAUGAGAUCUCUAAAGCAAGGAGAGAGGGUAAGGUAGUCUUUGGUGAGCCUAUCGCAGCUUGCCUCGGAACCGACGGAACCAGCUACUUCCAUCACGAUUGGCUCCACGCCGCGGCUCAUGUUAUGGGGCCCCCUCUACGGCCAGACCCCACCACACCAGGCUAUCUUAUGGACCUACUAGCUAACAACGAUCUUCAGUUGACUGGAACCGAUAACUGUACUUUCAAGUCAGACCAGAAGGCGCUAGGGAAGGACGACUUCACCAAGAUUCCAAACGGAGUCAACGGCGUCGAAGACAGGAUGUCCGUCAUCUGGGAAAAGGGUGUGGAAACUGGCAAACUUGAUGAGUGUCGCUUUGUCGCUGUAACAAGUACCAAUGCUGCCAAAAUCUUCAACAUGUACCCAAGAAAGGGUGUUAUCCAAGUUGGUUCUGAUGCUGAUCUAGUCAUCUGGGAUCCCAUCGCUACCAGGGUCAUCUCCAAGGAUACGCAUCACCAGGCUGUGGACUUUAAUAUCUUCGAGGGUAUGGAGUGCCACGGUGUUCCUCUGACAGUUAUCAGCCAAGGAAGGGUAGUCUUUGAAGAUGGAGAGCUCCAUGUAUCCCAAGGAGCAGGGAGAUUCAUCCCUCGUCCUCUUCAUGCACCAGAAGCCUACGCAAGGAUUAGCCAAAGAGAAAAGAUCAACGCCCCCAGGCGCGUCGACCGCGACGGCUACGAAGGUCCCAUCCACAAGCCUUCAGGUCUACCGGUCCAGAAUAACUACCGCAAGACGGCUCCCAACGCACAGCCAUCGGAAGACGUUGCCCCUCAACUGAACAAGCAUGGGCAGCGUGACCUCCAUAGGUCAGGCUUCUCUCUAUCAGGUCGCCAAGUCGAUGACCACAAGGACAAGAGGAGCGGCCAAAGGAUUAUGGCGCCCCCUGGAGGCACGUCAAGCAUCUCUUUCAAUUAGAUCCCCUACUGGUUUCACCAAACCACACCCUGGUCUCUUAAGGACCACACCCUCCACGCAUAGAUUGUAGCCCCCAAAAAAUCAGUAUGUUUUAACUGUUAUUACAAAUUUGUUAUUAUACAUGUAACAAGUUUCAUGAAAUAGGCCCCUAGUCUUUAUAAAAGCUUGUGUAAAUAAAAGAGGGAGGGAAAUGCUAAUGGGUUUUAAUUUUUUUUUUUGCACUGCCAAGAAGGAUAAGAAGAUAUUGUGUGGAAAAGUGGAUGUCAAAAAUAUAAUAUUAUGUAAAUGUUUAAGUGGUAUAUGGAAAGGCUGGGCCAAAUGGGACAAUGUUUUGUCUUGAGAGUUGGUUAUGAGGCAAUGGAAAGGCUAUUCAGUAUUUGUCAACUGCCCAUACUAUUGAAUGAGGGCAUUUCUGCUCCGAUGCGGGGCGCGAGAAUGUUUUGCUAAGGGCGUUCUUGCACCGACACAAAAAUUUAAUGAACUGUAGUAUAUUUGAGGCAAAGAACGCAAAGUUAAGUUGAAUUUUGUUUCUUCUUUUGAGGAAAAGACGACAGAGUGCUAUCUAUCUGCAGUGCUUUCAUCUCUCCUCUUCAUAUUCAUUCCAUUUAUUUUUCAUUUUUUAGAGAAAUCGAAAUGUUGAGUCUUUAAAAACAGGGCCUUUCCAAAUGAUUGAUAGGAAAUCAAAGUGCAACAGGGGCGUUGUAAAGCUUAUAAGUGUUUUUUUCUAUCUGGGAGGCUUGAGGUUCAUUCUAACUUGAUUUCUGGUGUUCUUUAGUGAGAAACUUGUCUGCAUCCGUAAAAAUUGGGAGUGGCAAAUUGGCAACAAUAUGUAAUGCUCCCCAGGGAGUGGAGAAUUUGCGUAUAUUGUGUGCAAGUAAGGCAAAAUUUGUUGUCCAUAGCAGUAUAAGCAUUUGACAUAAUGUGAAUUUAUGAAAUCAAAUAAGUAUGAAAUUAUGAUAGCAAUCUGAGUGAAUUCUCUUUCAAAUGUCACCACAUUUGAAUUUUGAUAGACCUGGUAUAAAUACAAACAAGCAAAAAAUAUCAUGUUUACAUACUGAUAUUAUUAUCAUGCAUUUGAUAUUUCAAUAUUUGAUCGGAAUACUAUUGAAGUGUAAUCAUGAAUGUAAAAUCCAAUGUUUUCAACAAUCAUGCUACUAUUCCAACAGGGGAAAAAAAUCUAGGCAAAGAAAAUAUUCUGUCUUGCCUAAAGUUACACAUCAUCCUAAAUGUAUACGCCCAGUAUUUACCUUAAAUUAUGUUAUAAACCCAAGGAGCUUGUCCUUAUAGGGCAAAGGAAUUUUCAUAAACUUGCCAUAUAGCAUUGUGUAGCUUUCCCUGAAAUUUGGCACAUAGGUUUAAAGUGAGAGUUUUCUUACGCCUGGGGAUAUGGUAUCAUUUAUGAAUGUUCAGGUAGGUGUAAUUGUGUAAUUGCUACUUAAACAAAAUAUAGAUAAUCAUGUAUACAUUGUAGAAUGAAAAUUAAGCAUUAUAAACACAUAUGGUGCAUUUAUGGGGGGACAGUUGUUUGUUGUUGUUUCAUUUGUACUUAAAACUUAUAGUGUUUUAUUCGAUCGUGUCUGAGUUUCAGCUAUCAUAGAUUUACGUCUGAUUACUUUUCUUUCAAAUUACAAAGAUUUUUAUUUCCUGUGCAUGUUGAUUGAAUUGAAAUAGGUCUUUAUUUGGUUUGUAGAUAAUUUUACAUCAAAUGGUUAAUGUAUUAUAUAAGAAAGGAUUGUUUUAUGUUUAUCAUUUCUCUUUUUAUAAAUGGUUUACAGUACAUAGAUAGUACUAAAAGAUCAGUGUUUCAGUAGAUAGAUCAUUUUUUAUACCGAAAACUGAAAAAGUAUUUGGCGAAAUUCUAAGUCGUGUUCCAUCAAUGCAAAUUCUUCCCAUUGUUUAGUGUUUGAAAGAAUUUUCUUUUAUGCACGUGUGGCUGUUUAGUGAUAAUGGAAAGUAGAUGCCCUAUGGCAGUGAAGUGCGCCAUCUACAGCCAAGCCUGGCACAUGCAGAUUGAGGCUUGUGUAGGCCCUGUUCGCAUGGAAAAUUUAAGACAUGAAGCUUUCAUGUAUCUCUUAUGACGGCCUUUUUCAUGAUAAGGAAGACGCUAAUUGCACGAAUGCGGUGCGAUUGCGAACUUUUCUUGCACCAAAAUACCUGAAUGCAUACUACGCAUGAAAGCUUGAUGUAUAUCAAGUUUUCUGUGCUCGCAUUGGUUUUGUGUGUUGCAUACAUGUCAAUGAAUCCAAGGGCCCAUUUCAUAAAGACUUUUCAUAAUAACAAAUGCACAAUUUCUAUAACAAAUUGACUAUCAGCCAAUCAAAUUGAAUGAUUUCAGUAGCUUUUAACUGUUUAAUAUUGCAAAUUUGUUAUUCUAACAAAUUUAAUGGAACAGGCCCCCAACUGCAGGGGUCCUCUAUUCGUAUGCACUACAAAUAUACUGCAGUGAAAUACAAUAGCCUUUUCAUAUUAAAGCAAUUCAUGAGGGCUGGCUGAUAAAACCUUGUAUCUCAAGAUUUGACAUUUUGAGGGCGGCUUAGAAAAGGCAGUGUUUUAAAAAUAUAGCAAUGGUGGCAGUCUCAUAUUGUCUGAAAACAGUCUUCUGAUGCCUAGAAGAACUUGUUCGAGGCAAAAGAAGGUUGCUACCCAUGUUACCACUCUAAAAUCUAGCUCAUUCUGAGCCGUUAUCAAAAUAUUUAAGUUUUGAGCUACAAGUUUUUAUCAGGCCAGCCACUUAUUGCCAGUUCCUGGAAAGCAGUGAUGUUAAGAUUUGUGCCAAAGAGGUAUAUACAUAGGUCAUCAUGUUCAUAUGCAUUAUUCACUCAUAACUUUUGUGUGAUCACUCCCUUUCGCGCAACUCUCCUACAAAAUGUAUUCAAGUUGGUGUCUGUGCAGAAACUAAACACUUUUACUGUAUAAAAAAAUAACAAGCAUUGUGCAAAAUGACUGACGGCAGUGCAUAGUUCCUGAAAAAAAGUCUCUGCUCUGUAUGCAAAGCUACAAUGUAUGAUAGAAUAAUCUCUGUAUGCACUUGUUUUAAAUGUUUGCAAAAUCACUGGAACGGAAAAUGAAACUAUCUAUCAUAGAAAUUGAUGUUGUAUAUAGAUUAAUAUGCCUUGUCGAUAAUACUUAAAUUUCUCUUUGUAUCCUUCUCACUUUCUGUCUGAAAACUACUUAUUUUUUUUAAUCACUCUUUCUCUAUACCUCUUUCUUGUCUGGCGCCCUCUUUGUCACUGUAAAUAAUCAGGUAGAUGUGUCCUUUGCGCAAAGUUUUAGUGAAACGUAGUCGUUACUGCCGGAAAAUAUCUUGUGAAAUUACAAUUUCUCAAUGGAAAUUGACGAGUGUAAUCAUUUCUCUUAAUUUUCACUUGAUGAGCUGCUCAUGCAACUUUCAUUCACUGGCCAGUAGUAAUAGCCACUUUUGAAAGUUCUGACUUAUUUUUACUACAAAAGGACAAUUAAUGUCCAUUUUCAGUAUAAAAGUUAGCUUUUUAAAUUUUCUUGUUUAUUAAUAAAAUGUUAUUUUUUGUGGCUGAAAUCAUGUAGGAAUAAUUAUUCAUAAAUCAUGGUUCUUAUGAAUUACAAUUGCUACUUAUUUUGACUUAUGAAGUACAUGUAUAUUUUAUAGGCAAAAAAAUAAUUAUGUGGUGUUACUGUAUGCUAGUCCAUUCUAUAACUGCAUGCCUGCUGCUAUAUUGUAUUUAACUUGAGUGUAUGAAAGGAGUAUGUUAUUUAUACAUGAAAGAAAUUUUCACCCCCUUUUAUUCGCAAGAUAUAGAACAAAAGCAACAUAUUUGUGCAGUCUUGUUACAAUACGUGUGAGCGUAAAUGCUUUGAAGCACCGCGUCUGUAUCUAAAAGAAUUUAUGAUUUGGAAUCUCAUGGAGAACUAUGUGUUUCUAUUAAUUUGCAAGAAAGUAUCUUUUAAUUCUGUAAAAAACAAACUGAGAUUUUCUUCAUUUUUGGUGGUUUGUCGAGCGUUGUGGUGUAUUGCGUAUAUGAUCUUACUAAAAGAGUGAUUUUGUUUUUAGAGAAAAAAAAUAUCAAAUAAAUGAAUGUUGAAAAGCUGGA